CGUUCGGCGAAUCAUCAUAGCUGAAUUUGAAGUCGCUAACUGAGCAACAGUAUGGAGUACGGCGAGGACCAGAUACUUUCAUUUUAAUAGUAUUUUGGCAUCAAUUGUUAUAACCGAACAAGAAAAGUUUGAAUGUCAAGAUCCGGGCAGAGAAACUAACUAAGCUUUCCAGCUACAGUGAGCGCGAGAGGUUAGCCAGCUAGGGAAAUGAAUUGGGUUGUUUCGGGUCUUACAUAAAAACAGGUAACGUGAAAUUGCACUCGGAACUUUGCUCCACAGAACGUUACUCCCAGGAAACCGUCCUUUUGCCUUCUAAUGACUUUUAAAGCCUGCCAACCUCCGAUGAAGGAUUUGAGUUGCCAACAAUGUUUAGCUGACUAGAAGUACAUACCUAGCGUUACUUGCUGUUAUUUGGGGAGGCGUUAUGCCGUGGUCAGCCAAACAAGAGGAUUGACUCGACGUUUAACGUGACUUCCUCAGUCCGUGAAUUACUGUACUGGUUUAUUCAGCAAAGCUGGGUAGGUAAAUAGGCAUUACAGUGCUGUAACACAGAGUCCGAAUAUAUCGGGUUUGAAAAACGGGAAGUCUACAUACAAACUAGUUUGACAUUUUAGCAAAUGAUUGGUGCGUAAUCUAUUCGGCUGUCGUGUAAUGAGGCCUCUUAAUAACCAGCUCUUCUCUUGGAAAACGACACGAAUCGUUCACUAUGGCACAUGCAACGUUAUAGUCUGACAUAUUUGGGAAGUCUACAUACAAACUAUUUUGAAAUUUUAGGAGUCACCAGUUUGGUGCGUAUUCAAUUCGGCUAUCGCGGAACGAGGCCUAACCAGCUCUUCUCUUGGAAGACGACAGGAGUCUUUCACGAUGGCACAUGUAACCUUAUAACGCGAGUCUGACGACGUUUGGUGAGAAGGAGUGUUUUUGAACACAGUUUGCUAUGUGUAAUAUUCCAAGAUGAACAUGGAGACAGUAAUCCAAUCUCACCAGUCGGCGCAGUUUGUCCACCCUGUAUACGACCCUGGAGCAGCGGGUAUAUGCCCUGAAAUGCUCGAGGUAGCAGAGGAAGCAAACCGGGCAGGUGACUACGACCUUGCAGCGGAGAUCUAUAGUUCUCAGCUGGCGGACCUCCAGCAUCCAGACCGGGGCCUCUGUUUGCGCAAAGCUGACGCUUUGGCCCAGACCGGGCGGAUAGCAGAGGCGCUUGACUCGUACUGCACCGCGGCCAACAUUGGCGAACUUCGGCCAGGCGAAUUGCAGCUUCUGGUUGAAAACAUAGCACGGACUCUUCGCGAGAAGGAGCUAACGUUAAACAUCAAUUCGAAGGCAACGAGUUGUCAUAAUAGUGGGAAUGGAAACGAUGGGGUUGAGGCCGAUGGGACGUUUGAGGAAGAACCCUUGGACUUGUUUUCAUGCCGCCUUUGUAGGUGUUUACUGUCAGAACCAACCACAUUGGAGUGCGGCCAUACGUUUUGCAAACAUUGUUUAGAAGAAGAAACUGUCAAAGACUGCAUACAAUGCAAACAUAAACUGAACAAAAAAGACGGACAGAUCCUGUCCAUUGGGUUUAGAGUAAACGUCAUUCUCAGUAGUUUGUUGGAUAAAUGUUUCGACUCUGAAAGUAAAGCCAGGAGACAUUGGAUAGAAGGUGAGGGCUCACGAAAGAAGCACGAUUACACCGAUGCCCUGGACAAAUACAACAAAGCCGUAGAACUGGCGCCAUCUAUAGGUAGGCUACUGGGACAGCGUGCUGAGCUGCACAUGGACAGUAGGAACUACAGCCAGGCCAUCCAGGACGCAGAGAGCUUGUGCAGACUCAAACCUCUCUGUCCAAAGGCCCACUACAUCAAGGCCUCAGCCCUGAGUAAAGCCAACUACAAUGAUGAGGCCUUAAAAGAGUACUUCAUGUGUGUAGCGCUCAAGCCUGAUUGGAUGACAGUGAAGCUGGAAGCUCAGAAGCUGCUUAGUGAGCUGUUCUCGUCAGCGUUUGAAAAGGACGGUCAGCCCACUCCCCUACAUCCCCUACAGGGUGGUCCCUCCACUCGCCGCCUCAAACCUCCCGCCCUGCUCAGCUCUCUACACCCCCUCACCACCCGACAGAGGCCUGGCUGCUCCUCUCAGGACCUAGCGUUUAUUGCAAGUAAGAGUUCUCCUCGCGAGGGUCCCUCCUACUCCUCCAAACACCCCCUAUCCCCCAGCAGUGAAGCUGAGAAGCCUCUGCUAGAAGACGCCAAGAGCCUGGCCAGUGUCCUGGCUGCCCUACCUGCCCCCCCAGGAGGCCUCAAGAGAAGACAUAGUGGGGACAGCCCAGCCUUCAACGCCCCCUCCAAACUGCCCAGACCAGAUGAAGCCUAUUCCUCCUCUCAACCUCCUGCUGCUUCCCCUGGGAGGAGGACAGUGGCUGCAGACCUGCUCGACAGUAGAGAUAUGGAGUGCUCCCUCUGUAUGAGGCUGUUCUAUGAGCCCGUCACCACCCCCUGUGGACACACCUUCUGCCUCAAGUGUCUGGAGCGCUGUCUGGACCACAACCCCAAUUGCCCUCUCUGCAAAGAGAACCUCUCAGAGUAUCUGGCCACUAGAGGGUACAACAAGACGUUGCUGAUGGAGGAGGUGCUGCAGCGUUACCUUGGAGAUGAGCUGGCGGAGAGGAAGAAGAUCCACGAGGAGGAGAUGAAGGAACUGUCGAACUUGAACCAGGAAGUGCCAAUCUUUGUGUGCACCAUGGCCUUCCCCACCAUCCCCUGUCCACUGCACGUCUUCGAACCAUGCUACCGCCUCAUGAUCCGCCGCUCCAUGGAGACCGGAACCAAGCGGUUUGGCAUGUGCAUCGCUGACGAGUUGAAGGGUUUCGCUGACUAUGGCUGCAUGCUGGAGGUCCGGGAUGUCAAGUUCUUCCCCGAUGGGAGGUCUGUGGUCGACACCAUUGGAGUGUCCCGCUUCAAAGUGCUGAGCCACGGUCAGAGAGACGGAUACAACACGGCCAAGAUUGAGUACCUGGAGGAUAAGAAGGUGGAGGGCCAGGAACUAUCAGAGAUGCAGAAGCUUUAUGUCUCUGUGUACGACCAGGCCAGUGGCUGGUUCACCUCCCUCAAAGAUAACAUGAAGAGCCAGAUAAUCAGCCACUUUGGACACUUGCCUGGGAAGGACCCUGACCCACAGAGUAAUCCCAGUGGUCCAGCUUGGGCUUGGUGGCUGUUGGCUGUGCUGCCUCUGGACAACCGUGCCCAGCUCACCAUCCUGGCCAUGCCCUCCCUCAAGGACCGCCUCAUCGCCAUCCGCAGGGUCCUUAUCUUCGUCACGCGCAAGAGACCCCGAUGACCGCUCAGCCGCCACCACAACUGCUAGGACCAUGCAUGGUCAUUCACUCGUUCAUUAAACCCACUCAUCAGACUUGAUAUGAGGGCAAUGUCUUUGACUCCCUUAGACAUUAGGGUUGACUGAAUUAUGUCACGGUAUCUCUCAGCUUCCUCUGUCCCCUCUCUUAGGGAGGGAAUAAGAGGUCAAGAUAAUAGAACUGGUGACUGUCAUGAUGCACCAGAACUAAGCUGACCACAUAACUGUGUCGAGUCCAUGAUGGUGUGACUUAUACAAUUUUCUUAAUAUUGUACAUUUAGUAUAAAAACAAAUAUUUAAAAAAGACCUGACACGUACCAAAAAAUAAUUUGUAUGACUGAAAAAUAAUACAAUACCGAUUGUAUUGGGUUGUCUUUAGUUUGGAUGUUAUGUUUCUGUUCAAUCCCUGCUGACUAUGGUGAGAGGCACAUGUAAGACCCAGAGAGAUAGAAACCACCAAAUGGAGUAGAAGGUCUACAUAUGAGAAUGUGCUCCUGUUUAAAUGGCUUUUCUGCACUCAUUUCUACAUGACUAGGGAAAUAGAUGCAGAACCUUAAGCCUGCGUCUUGCCCAGGCAUGUGCCUCAAUAGAGUGGUGAAGUAGUAGUGCAUCUGAAAGAAAGGCAAAAGAGUCCUGAAAUUGGUAUGUAUGUAAAUGUAAGAGAUUUGGGGUUAAACUCACUUAUUGGUAGACAUAAUCUAAAUUUAACUUUUUUUUACAUUUAUUUUUUACUUUCAGUAAAAUUAAGACAUUUAAAACAAUUUCCCUACUGUAACUUGACAUUGUUUAUGAACAUGUAAUCAAACUAUGAUAAUCUGAAUGAUAGUCCAAAACAACAAUGGUAAUGUAUGUACUGUAAGUGUCUCUGGGAAGGAAAUGAGGUUAAACUAUUCUGUUUCAUGUCUUGUUUCCCUUCUGCUAUGUAUAUGAUGUAUGGUCAAUGUGAAUUGGAUGAUUUAACUGUGAUUAUCAAUGUUAACUCUGAGGCCUUUACAAUGUCUUAUUUAAGUGUAAUUAUUUAGUUGUUUCUCCUGAUCUGUAUGAUGUGUAGCUCCUCUUUUGGCUGGUGUUAUAUGACUUGAUUUAUUUAUAAAAGAAGAUAUAGCAUUUUUUUCUGGAAUAAGAGAUGCCUGAGAUGUA